AUGAUGGACUUCACUCUUAUCAGAGAAUUUAAAGUCAACAUCAUCCCUCCAAAAGCUCCUUCCAUUUUUGAAGUGAUUUGUGCUCCUCCAUCUUUUGGAUGGAUUAAGAGCAACUGCGACGGAGCUUUCAUCCACGAUUCUUCCAAAGCAGGAGGUGCUGGUUUAUUUCGUAACUAUAGAGGAGACUUCACCCUUGCUUUUGCGGAGAAUAUUAGGUGCAACACUUCGGUUCAUGCAGAAUUUGGUGCGGUAAUCCAUGUCAUGGAGAUAGCCAUUGAUAGGGGUUGGCAAAAGCUUUGGGUUGAAACCGAUUCUACCAUGGUAGUCAAAGCUUUCACCAACCACAGAUUAGUCCCUUUUAUUUUUAGGACCCGUUGGUUUUUCUGCUUACAGCAUACUAACUUUUCGCAUAUAUUUAUAACUCACAUCUAUAUGGAAGGUAAUUCCUGUGCCCAUUUUUUGGCUAAUUUAGCGCUCGGUAUUAGCUCUACCAUCAUUUUAGAUUCCAUCCUGUUGGGGAUUCGGAACUUGUCAAGAAUAGGUUAG